AUGGCUACACUCAUAGAACUCAACGGAGUUGGGAAAUUUGAUCCAAAUGUUGAACCAUCGCAGUUAAAUCAGGCGUGGAAAAGAUGGCACAGAAGUUUUGAACUUUUUGUGGUUGGAAAAGGGGUAAGUGACCCAGAACAGAAAAAAGCAUUGUUAUUACAUUGUGCAGGACCAGAAGUUCAAGACAUUUUUUAUACAUUGAAUGAAGUGCAAGCGGGUGACAGUGACAAUGUGUACACAGUUGCAGUGAAAACAUUAGAUAAACAUUUUGAAAACAAAGUGAAUGUGCCGUAUGAACGUUAUGUUUUUCGAAAAAUAACACAAACCGAGAAUGAAACAGUAGAACAGUUUAUUACGAAAUUGAGACAACAGGCAGUGUAUUGUGAUUUUGCAAAUCAAGAUGAGCAAAUUCGGGAUCAAGUGAUUGAAAAGUGUAGGUCUCACAAAAUAAGAGCUAAGUUGUUAGAGAAAGGAAAAGAUUUGACUUUAGAACAAUUGAGGACAAUAGCAGCUACAUAUGAAAUGACUGAAGUACAGGCUAGACAUAUGGACACUGAAAUUGUGGCGUCAGUUAACAGAAUUCAGGGACAUCGUGAAAAAACUGACAAACAGAAACAAAAAUUUCAGAACAAAAAGCCAGGUAAUAAGUGUUUUCGUUGUGGACGAGAUGGUCAUUUCGCCAAAGAUAUAUCGUGUCCCGCGAGGAAUAAAGAGUGUAGAAAAUGUGGAAAAGUUGGACACUUUAUGAAAUGUUGUUUAACAAAGCAGAAAUCAGGAAAAGGGGCUACAAGCAGACCAAGCAAAGGAGGGAAAAUUCACACAGUGGAUAAUUCUGAACUGGAUUCUGACUCUGAUGUGUAUGCAUUCAGUCUUAAAACAGGGGACAAGUUGUCGGAUAAAGUGACAGUCAGUCUUGGAGGAAAUCCCGUGGAGUUCGUUAUUGACAGUGGGGCGUCAGCAAAUAUUAUUGACAAAGAACUUUGGGAAUCUCUGAAGAAGAAACGUAUUAAGUGUCAGUCAGAGAAGUGCGAGAAAAAGCUCUUUGCUUACAGUUCUACGGAACCCUUAAAAUUACUUGGUAGAUUCAAAACGCAGGCAUCAAUUCAAGAAACUGGUAACAGCAGAGAAGAAGAAUUCUAUGUACUGGAUGGUAAAGGACCAGCAUUACUAGGCAAGGACACUGCUAUGAAUUUAGGAGUUUUGAAUCUUGGAGUCAACACAGUUCAGCCAACUGACAUUGUUCAUGAAUAUUCUGAGUGUUUUCAAGGAAUAGGAAAACUAAAAGACUUUAAGUUGAAAUUACAUAUUGACAAGAAUGUGAAACCAGUAGCACAAGCUAUGUACAGAAUUCCUUACAGUUUGAGGGAUAAAGUAGGAGAACAGUUGGAUGAACUCGAGUCUCAGGAUAUCAUUGAAAGAGUUAAUGAUCCUAUACCGUGGGUCAGUCCAGUCAUUAUCGUACCAAAACCCAGUGGUGACAUUAGAUUGUGUGUCGACAUGAGACAAGCCAAUGCUGCCAUAAUUCGUGAACGGCAUCCUAUUCCAACAGUGGAUGACAUACUCUACAUGGUGAAUGGUAGCCAAGUUUUUAGUAAGUUGGACCUUAGAAGUGGAUACCAUCAAAUUGAGCUGGAAGAGUCAUCAAGGGAGAUCACUACAUUCGUUACAUACAAAGGUCUCUAUAGAUAUAAAAGACUGAUGUUUGGCAUUUCAUCAGCUCCAGAGAAAUAUCAGCAAGUGAUUUCACAAGUGUUUCAUGACUGUGAAGGAGUACAGAAUAUUUCAGACGAUAUUGUUAUUUAUGGUCGUGACAAAGCAGAACAUGAUGAGCGACUUCGCAAAGCCUUACAGAGACUCAAGGAUAAAGGAUUGACACUAAAUUUAAACAAGUGUGAAUUUAGGAUGAAUAAAAUAACAUUCAUGGGGCAUGUCUUGUCAAAGAAUGGUAUAGGACCUACUAGUGAAAGGAUCAAGUCAUUACUCAACGCUAAAGAGCCAACAAAUGGAUCUGAAGUGAAAAGUUUCCUUGGACUUGUAAACUUUAGUGCUCGUUAUAUACCAAAUCUUGCUACUGUGGCAGAACCUCUCAGAAGACUGACAAAGAAAAAUGUGAAAUUUGUCUGGACAGCUGAACAGAAGAAAAGUUUUGACACUUUAAAGAGUUGUUUGUCAAAUGUGAAAACUUUGGGACAUUACAAAUUAGAUGCAGAAAAAACUCAGUUAGUGACAGAUGCUAGCAAUGUAGGCCUUGGUGCUGUCCUACUUCAAGUUAACAAGGGUGAAACACGGGUCAUCAGUUAUGCUAGUCGUACAUUGUCAGCAGCCGAACGCAAUUAUUCAACAAUAGAGAAAGAAGCUUUGGCAGUUGUAUGGGCAUGCGAGAAGUUCCAUAUCUAUCUAUACGGGGUUGAUUUUGAAUUAAUCACAGACCACAAGCCAUUGGAAGUGCUUUAUGGAAGAAAAUCCAGACCUAAUGCAAGAAUUGAAAGAUGGCUAUUAAAACUUCUGGCUUACAACUUCAAAGUGCGGUAUUCACCUGGGCAUCAGAAUAUCGCAGAUGCAUUAUCACGUUUGGUGGACAAGACACCUGUAGAAAACAGUAAUUCAUGGAACACUGAGCAAUAUGUGAAAUUUAUUGCAAGGGAGGCAACUCCUCAGGCACUGUCCACUCAUGAAGUAGAAGAAGCUUCAAGGAGGGAUGAUGAACUUAUUAGAAUUCGGAAUUUUAUCAAAGAGGGAAAGUGGGAGAAGUCAUGUGUUGAUUAUUACCCAUUUCGAGAUGAACUUUGUUGUAUUGGAUACGUGGUGUUGCGUGGAUCCAGAAUAGUGGUUCCGAGAAAUCUGAGGAAGCAGUGUGUACAGUUAGCUCACCAGGGUCAUUUAGGGAUUGUUGGUACAAAACAGCAGUUAAGAACUAAAGUUUGGUGGCCUGGUAUGGAUAAGGAAGUGGAGAAGUAUGUGAAAUCGUGUCAUGGAUGUCAGAUUACCAGUGCAUUUCCGAAACCAGAACCAAUCAGUCCAACACCCUUACCAACAGGACCAUGGCAAGAAUUGGCAAUUGACAUUCUUGGACCGUUAACAUCUGGACAGUAUGUGUUAGUUGUUGUGGACUAUUACAGCCGAUACUAUGAGAUUGAAAUUACCAAGGAUAUUACAAGUGAGAAAAUCAUUGAUAUACUGGAGGGAAUGUUUUGUCGACAUGGACUUCCUCUACAGAUAACUUCAGACAAUGGACCCCAAUUCAGAUCUAAGUUAUUCAAGGACUAUUUAACAGAUAACUGUAUCAAGCACCGAGCAGUUACACCAUUACAUCCAUCAGCAAACGGGGAGGUAGAGAGACAAAACAGAUCAUUGAUGAAAAGAAUUCGGAUAGCACAAGCAGAGUCUAAGAAUUGGAAGACAGAAGUCCGCAAAUAUCUAUUUGCAUACAGAACGACUCCUCAUAAUACAACAGGAGUACCACCUGCAGAAUUGAUGUUCCGUCGUAAACUGAGAACAAAGCUACCACAAGUAGAAAAUCUACAAGAAAAUGUUUAUGAUGAGGGAGUGCGUGAUAAGGAUGUGUAUUCCAAAUACAAAAACAAGCUUUAUAUUGACAAGAAACGUGGUGCAGUGGAUUGUGAUUUAGAGCUAGGAGAUUCGGUCCUAUUGAAGAAAGCAGUCAAGGAUAAAAUGGAUACGCCGUAUCAUGCCGAGUCGUAUAAACUUGUACAGAAAACGGGAAACAGUUGUGUCGUAAAAUCGUCGGAGGGAGUUUUAGUGAAGCGAAAUAGUGAAUUUGUUAAAAAAUAUCAGGAACCGGAAAGUGCAUCUGAUAUUCCAGAGACUCCUAGUGAACCGAGUGUUGAGUCUACAGAUAACAGUGAUGAUGUUCCGUCUUCUGCUCCAGUAACUCCGAAACUGAGAAGGUCGACCCGUAUUAGGAAAUUACCGCAACGUUUUGAGGACUUUGAAAUGUGA